AUGACCAACGACGACACAACCAAACCGGUGGCGACCGAUUUGACCACCACUCCCGGGGAUGCAGCUCCAGCAAACUUCGUCGCUGCUGUCUACGCUAGACUACCAGUGCCACCGAUGGCCAGCGCCAACAUCGAGGCGUGGUUUACUACAAUGGACUUCUGGUUCACUGCCUCUGGCAUCAACACCGACAAGCAGAAGACCGCAACCGUUUUGGCCACGUUGGACCCAAACUUGGUGGGACAGUUGCUCGUCAUCGCAUCUAUGACGCAGCAAGAUAAAUACGAAUUUAUUAAGACGAAAAAAAUGUUGCCGAUACCAUCUAUUCUACUCGGGCUACGGGUGGCUAUCAAACCGGACAUAAAUGCUUCACUCACCGAACUGGUUUACGGUACGACGCUGAGGAUCCCUGGUGAAUUUUUCGAUACAUGCCCCGGUCCUAAAGAAGUCUCCAGCGACACUGUCACACAAUUCCAGUCAGCAAUGCAAAAUCUCCGCCCAACACAAACGGCACAUCAUGCAGCAACAAAAACAUUCGUUUCAAAAGACUUCCACAUAGCAUCGCAUGUAUUUGUGCGAAACAACUCCAUACGCCCUUCGCUGUCCAAUCCAUACGACGGCCCAUACCCGGUGAUAAGGCGAACUACGAAGUUCUUCACGGUAUCAGUACGGGGUCGCAAAGUGAACAUCAGUUUAGAUCGCCUCAAACCUGCAUUCUAUGCAAAUGAAGACUCAUCGAAUGAGAUGGAAGUAAUAAGUUCAAAUCAAAAAAUUUUGUGUAUCUUUCGGCAAUCAUUCUCGGGGAUCGAGGAAAAUAUUGUCCAAUAG